AGGUGAGGUGGACUGUCCGCUCCGAGCGAGGCGCUCAGUGACCAAAGCAACGUCCCGGACCUCAGGCUUCUCACCCGACUCGGUGCUUCACGGUGUGGUUUUCAUUGUAAGCAACAUGUCAAAAACAAUAACUCUUCACACGGGAGCACCCAUGCCCACGAUAGGCCUUGGGACCUGGCAGGCACAAGACGAGGAGGAACUGGAGCGGGCGCUGGACAGCGCACUGGAGGCUGGCUACCGCUUCAUCGACACGGCCUACCUCUACGGCAACGAGGCCAUCGUGGGCAGGACCGUGCAGAAGUGGCUAGACGAGGGCAAGGGGACGCGGGAGGAGCUGUUCAUCAGCACCAAGCUGCCCAUGAUGGGGAUGCGGCCCGAGGACGUGCCCGAGUUCCUGGGCGCCUCACUGUCGAACCUGCAGCUGGACUACGUGGACCUGUACCUCAUCCACGUGCCGUUCGGCAUGCUCCGGCACGGUAUGCAGAACCUGGACGAGAUCGUCGCCGGUGAGGUGGGCACCGGCGCUCUGGACAUGGAAACGGACCACGUGGCCAUCUGGAAGGCGCUGGAGGCGGAGGUCGACGCGGGCCGCACCCGCCACAUAGGGGUGUCUAACUUCAACGAACGCCAGCUGACGCGGGUGCUCGACAACUGCACCAUCAAGCCAGCCAACCAUCAGAUCGAGUUGCACCUCUACCUGCAGCAGCCCGAUCUGGUGGCGUUCUGCCUCGAACGAGGGGUCACCGUCACGGCCUACUCGCCCCUCGGCAGCCCCGGCUCUAAGUGGCUCAACACUGCUGACGGGUUGCAGCUGCCUGAUCUGUUGGGCUUACCGGAGGUGCGCGAGCUGGCCGACAAGUACUCUAAGCAGCCGGCCCAGGUGCUCCUGCGGCACCUCAUCCAGAAGGGGCUGGUUGCCGUGCCGAAAAGCACCAACCCGGAGCGCCUGCGACAAAACAUCGACGUAGGCUGCCAGGCGAUUUACGACUUCGAGCUGAGCGAGGCGGAGAUGGACACCCUGGACGCGCUGGACCGCGGGGAGGAGGGCCGCAUCAUAGACAUGCUGCUGAUAGUUGGAGUCAAGGAUCACCCCGAGUACCCGUGGGCCAAACCAUAGCCAUCUGAGGUUGCAGGAAGCUAGACCUGGUAUUUUUAAAAAGCAGGUUUAUUUUAACAGACAAUAGUGAACAGGGGGUAGUGUCUAUGGUUACUUAAAAAUUAUUUUAUUUA